AUGUUCGUCGCCCCUCUCUCCGUGGUCUUCGUUGCGCUGUUCAACGCCCUCUCCCUCGCGGCCGCCGUGAAGCGCGUCAACGUCACACGCGACACGCGUUACGACUUCCCCAGCAACAGCAACAACGCCGACGACACCAACAACGGCUGCUCAGGAUCCGAUAUGACGAGUUAG